AUGGGAGAGAAAUACAAACUAUCAUCAUUAGGGAGCGACGAUAAGGUGCGGAGCAUUGCAUUUACCAAUGAGACAGAGAUAACAAUAGGGAGCGGGCUAGAUGCAGAUGUACGGCUGCAACAGCCAUCGGUGGAGGAAAACCAUGUGAUGGUGUACUUUGAGCAAAUGAAGAUCCGGGUGCUUGGGAACAAUGUGUUUUUGAACGAGGAGGCUCUUGAGAAGGAAUCUGUAUAUGGCUUCGGAUUUGGAGAUGUUCUAAGGAUAAACAGAUACAGGUUUAUGUUUUCUUUGACGGAGCCUGGGGACUUUGUAGACGAGGACAAGAUCAUUAGAAGGCCUACGAUGGAACUGAGCUACCUGAAUGGAGAGGGGAGAGAAAGACCCUGUUUAGAAUUUGAAAAGAAGGAGAAGACCCUAGGAGGAGAGUCUGAAAAGAACGAGGGGAUUGGAGAAGCGGUUAUUUCGAUUGCACUGAAUAAGGUAGCGGGAGUGAACAUCUCACUAUGCAAGGGAGAAGAUGGAGAAGGGGUAUCAUGUGUGAAGCAGGCUAUUGAGGAGCAGAAGGAGGUUCUUAAUAAGGAGAUCAAGGAAUCGAUUGAGAUAUCUGUUGUUGACACGCCUGUUCUUCCAUCGAUGGGCCGGAAGAACUCAAGAGACCUUGGAGAGGUGAUGAUAGAGAAGGAGAUUCUGGACACAGCAGAAAAGGUGGUUGAUGAGAAGAUGAGGAAUGAGAAUGGGGUUAUAGAAGAGGGUCUUGACGAGUUGAAACAGAAUGUCAAGGAUAAUAUCAAGGAGGAAUUGCGAGAAGAUCUGAAGAGAGAGUUUAUGGGAGAUGUCAAAGAAGACAUUAGGGAAGAGGUUAAGGAAGUGUUAUCAUCGAGUGACAUAAAAAAUGCAAUAGCUAGUGAUGUUAUAAGCCGGAUUGAACUAGAAAGGGAAGUGAAUAAGGAAGAGGAACGGGGUAUCGUAGGAGAAGAAAAGAAGGAAGACGAGGAAAGAAAAGAAGAUACAGAAGGGAAGGGAGUAGGAAGGAAAAAGAGAUCGAGUGCGAUGAGACUCCUGGAAAGGGGGAGCGAAGAGAAUGAUACUGUACAACCCAGAAAAGCUUCGAUUAGAGGAAGAAAGCGGGUUUCUGAGUCCUCGCCAAGAGUGAGUAAGAAAAGGAAAGGCACCAAGAAGGCCAAGGAAAAGACAGAGGAUGAGGGUCCUGAGCCCGACAAGACCAAGAAGAAUGUGAAUGAGGAAUAA